AUGACUGAAUCAUCAGUCUAUAAUGAUUAUUACCGGAUUCUCGAACUUCCCUUUUCGAGCUCCUCUACCACCCUCUCGAAUCUACAGAUCAAACUCGCCUACCAUAAAGCACUUCUCAAACACCACCCGGAUAAGGCUAGCACCGUCGCGUAUUCAACCUCCGCACCCUCCAAGCCCUCUUCCGGGUCCAACACCGAUAAGCGAUCUUACACCAUCGACGAGAUUACAACAGCAUACAAGACACUAUCCGACCCGAUGUUGCGCGCCGAGUAUGAUCGCUCGCUUCGGCUGAACCGCGCAAAGUUCGCAGAGGAUACAUCCGAAGUGUUCCAUACGGGUCUGGAGACGGUGGAUCUGGAUGACAUGGACUAUGAUGAGGAGGAUGGUACCUGGUAUCGUGGCUGUCGGUGCGGUGAUGAGCGAGGUUUCUCGGUGACAGAAAAUCAUCUGGAGUCGGGUAUGGAUCAUGGAGAGGUCGUCAUUGGCUGCGUAGGGUGUAGUCUUUACUUAAAGAUUCUCUUUGCUGCCGAUGAUGGCUGA